AUCUUUUAUUUUUGAGGGCAGUAGUGCUACAGGGCAAAGGAUCACCUGGCGAUGAGGACGUGCACAGCGAUGUGGUUCACCGGUAUCCUCGUGAUUCUCGUGUGCCACACUGGGGUCCUCGGCGGCUCCGGACCAUUCCAUUUCAACACCCGAUUCGGGAAACGGCAUCCCACCUUUCUCACUCAGACUUCCCUUCCUCGACAAGAGAGAUUUUACCAAGGAUCGAGAUUCGGGAGAUCCGGCGGGGGAUUCCGGAUCCCCAGGGGUCAACACUUCUUCAAAGGCGGUCGAUUCGGCAAAAGAGACGGUCUGGACCAUCCAUCCUUCCGAUCUCAACCCUUCAUCCAAUUCUUUCCUCAUCCAUACAUAUCAGACGUGGAAGGUUUGGAGACGCUAUCGAAGCCGGAAGGUGUGAAAUCUUCUCCCGUCGGGAUCUUCGAAGUCAUCCUCGACGACUUCAGGUACGUAUCGUCACAUCGCCCCGAUCCCAGUCCGUGUCUCUCUGACAUUCUCCACAUCGAUUCUUGCAAACAGAGCUCGGCUGUGAUGGAUGGCCAGAGUAGAGGCAGGCUUUUAGAGGAAUUUCGCGGGAGAGACGGGGAAUGGGGACAAUCAUCCGGCUCGUCCCUCCGAGUCCGUAUGCUCGCUUUCCGUAAUCAUCCCGUCUCCAUCCGGGUCGUUUGUCCAUCCUACGACGAGGUUUCCUUUUAG